CGAAUUCUGGUUGUAAGAACCUGCUCUGGGCAGGGGCGCAAGCGUUUUCGUCUACAGCUUCUAGAGCAUCACAACGGAAAUGGAGCUCACGCCGCAGUGCCUGGCGCAUGUGUUCAGUCAGCUUCCCGCACGCGACGCUGCGCGGGCGGCAUGCGUUCAGCGCUUGUGGCGUGAUCUGGUGCAGCCGGAUGAGCGCCUCUGGAAGCACUUCAUGGAGGAAGACCUGGGCAUGGUGACAAAGGCCAGCCCGGACGGCACGGAGGCGUCGACGUACAGGUCCGCCUACUGCGCCUGGCGCAAAGCCUACGGACCCGAGUACUGGCCCUUCCUGCCGCGGGCCAUCCGGGCGUGGGGCCAGAUCAAGGGCUGGCUGGAGGUGAAUUACCCAGCCAUACGCGCAUCCAUCCAGGACGGCACCUCGGAGGAGGAGAUCCGCUCCGUGGAGGGGCUGCUGGGUUUCAGCCUGCCGCCAGCCAUCAAGGUCAUCUACAGGCUGCACAACGGCCAGGCUCUGCUGUUCGACGCCUCACGCGACCGCCGCCACGCCGCGGCCAAGGCGGCGAGGGCGGGCGUCAGCGGCGGCCCCGGCGGCGGCGGCCCGCCCCCCGGCGCGGGCCUGGGCCCCGAGAGCGAGGAGGAGCUGGGCUCCAUAUUCCACGGCCUGUUUGGAGGCUACUCUGUGUACAGCCACCUGGUGGUCAGCCGCCUCAUGCCGCUGAGGCGGGCCGCCAUGUGGACGCAGGAGCUGGAGCUGCACAAGUUGCGGCCGCAGCUGCUGGCGUUCGCGUGCAGCUUCCGCGUGCGCGACAAGAUGUUUGUGGCGGACGCGGCCACUGGCGGGCUGGCGGUGGCGCGGCGGGGCGGGCGAGGCAUGGCGCUGCAGCCCGCGGCGCCGGCGGCGGACAGCGAGCCGGGUGCCUGCGACGGCGUGUUGCGAUGGUUUGAGGAGUACGCGCGGCGACUGGAGGCUGGGUACUACGAGGUGGCGGUGCUGGAUGAGGACUACCCGCAGGGCUCCCGCGCCAUCAGCCUGUUCCCGCUGAGGCAGCCCGAGAUGAAGGAGGAGGUCACUCGCGGCGUGCGGGUCCGCGCCAGUAUGGUGUAUGCGCCCGAGGAAAGCCCCGCUGGCAAGCACCUUUUCGCAUACACCAUUCGGUUCGCGUUGCAGGACACGCAGUCGCAGCUGGCCGCGCUGCCGCCCGGCUCCAGCGCCGCGCAGUGCCUGGCCCGCUGCCAGCUCAGCACCCGACACUGGCGCAUACGGGACGAGCGGGGCGAGGUGGCGGACGAGGUCCACGGCGAGGGUGUGAUUGGCAAGUACCCGCUGCUGGAGGCGGGCGGACCCGAGUUCGCCUACUGCUCGUGCACACACCAGGCCGCGCCGCAGGGCUCCAUGGAGGGCGAGUUCCGAUUCGUGGAGGGCAGCCUGGAGCGGCAGCUGGGGGCGGGCUUCGACGUGGCGUGCCCGCGAUUCCACCUGGAGGUCCCGCCCUUCAUUUUCUGAAGGUCAGGGGGUAAUGGGAGCUAGGGCAGCAGGAUGGUGUAAGGACUGGAGCGAUUUGCGGGUCGUGCAUACCACCUUGUGGCACCACACUGGUCACACACACACACGCGAUGGGCUGGUGUUUGGGUGGCAUGUGCAGGGCCGGUUUAGCUUUCAGGCUGUAAUGUCCAAGGGCGUUGGGGUGGGGCCAAAGCAUGUAGUUAGCAUCUUGAGGACGCACGCUGAUGUUGGCGACGCACGCUGAUGACUUCAGCUGCUGUGGGCGAUGUUGCAGUUGCUGCUGAUGUCCUGUUACCGUGCGUGCGGUGCGCACUAACACCAGUUGUUGUUGGUGCUGAAAUAAUUGCCGCGCAUGUGUGCAUUACUAGUUGGUUGGUUGACCCGUUCUUUCCAUGAUGGUUUGCAAAGGCGCAUGUUUGUACCUAGGGCUGGAUACGGUAGCACUGUCAAGAUGUUAAAGCUAGGAUGGCGCGAACGCACGAGCCAAAAGACGGUACACACGCGCGGCCCCGUGGACUUCAGUCGGCUGUGCGCCGCUCGUCCAGCGUGACGACCGUAUCGUAUGCAUGGUGAUCCAGGGUGAUCUGAGGCUACGUACGCACACGCAGUUCCAAUCACAGCAA